GGGAAGAAACCUGAGUUUCGUAUGGGUUCACCGGACUUGGCAGAUGACUUCCACUCAGACUAUGAGUCUGGUUCCCCACGAUCACAAGCAGGAGACUGUAACUUCUUCAGGAAAAAUGCUAGUGGUGUAUGGCUGGAUGAAGAUGAGAAGGAUGAUAGUGAUUCUGAGGCUGUGGAUCACUUGGACUCUACAUGCAUGCUCAAAGACACUUCUGGAAACCACUUUCAUACCUUUCCAGAUCUUAGUCCUGGCAUUGAUCUUCACUUUUGUACCAGAACUGCAGAGUCCAACAACAGUGGUUACUUCAGUCGUUUUGAUAAGUAUUACGAAGAACACAAAAAAAUGCUUCAAGAUGAUGAAGAAUAUAGACAGAGUAGAGUAAGAAAAACCUCUGAUUGCAACGAAUAUUCUUCCUCCGGAAGUGUAACCAAAAAUAUGAUGAUACGAUCACCGUCCUAUACAGAGACCUCAUCAGUUAUAAGUCUAACAAACACUGUAGAAUCUUAG